CACGUCUCCUACACGUGGGUUCAUUUGUUGGUCUUUGUCUCCGCAGGUUUUCACCUGGAGGGCCCGUUCAUCAGCGUGGAGAAGAAAGGAGCGCACUCAGAGCAGUUCCUCCGCACCUUUCAGUCCGGAGGGAUCGACGACCUGAUGGAGACCUAUGGCGGCCUGGACAACGUUGCCAUGGUGACACUGGCUCCUGAGCUGGCCGGCAGCCAAUCGGUGGUGAGGGAGCUCUGCCAGAGGGGCAUCACCGUGUCGUUAGGUCACUCGGUGGCCAAUCUGUCUCAGGCUGAGGACGCCGUUCACAGCGGAGCCUCGUUCAUUACUCAUCUCUUCAACGCCAUGUUGCCUUUCCACCAUCGGGACCCAGGUAUCGUGGGUCUGCUGACCAGCGACCAGGUGCCUGCAGGCAGGACGGUGUUUUACGGCAUGAUCGCUGACGGGAUCCACACCAACCCUGCCGCUCUGCGUAUCGCCCACAGAGCUCACCCCUCAGGUCUGGUGCUGGUGACGGAUGCGAUCGCAGCGAUGGGUCUCCCCCCCGGGCGUUACAAACUGGGUCAUCAGGACAUCGAGAUCCAGGGUCUCCACGCUUACGUGGCAGACACGAAGACGCUCAGCGGCAGCAUCGCCUCCAUGGACAUGUGUGUGCGACACUUCAAACAGGCCUCAGGUCAGUUUGAGCCACUCGG